AUGAGGCUGGAGAGGUCCUUGCCUCUCCUGGGGCUCCUGCUGUGUGGGGCUGGCACCGCGGCUCAGGAGGGUGAUGAUGAAGCAGAGGGAGAAUUCCUGGUGGAGAUUUCUGGCACCAUGGUGACAAUCACCUGUCCCUUGGCUGAAGGCUCAAUCACCUGGGAGCUGCCUGGGAGAAAACCAGCUGAGAGUGGGGAGAAGUACACCAUACAGGACCAUGACAGCUCUCCUGUCAAUGUGACUUGUGCCUCAGGUGCUAAGACCCGUGAAAUGUACCUGAAUGCCAGAGUGUGCACCAACUGUGAGGAGCUGGAUGCCUUGGCAGUGACAGGGAUCAUCACUGCAGAUCUCCUCAUCACCCUGGGGGUGCUGAUCCUGGUCUAUUAUUUCAGCAAAGACAGGAAGGGGAGAGCCAGCAGCAGCCCUGGCAUCCGGCAACGAGGGCCGAAGAUGCAGCGUCCUCCCCCUGUCCCCAACCCAGACUAUGAGCCCAUCCGCAAGGGCCAGCGGGAGCUGUACGCAGGGCUGCAGGCCAGGGGCUUCUGAGCUGCCCUCGCAGGACGCC